GUGUGAUUAGCAGUAGCUAGAUGUGUUAGAUUCAUAUUUAUGAAAAGCCAUGGAAGACAAGGUACAGAUACAAGACGCGAUUAAAGUCCAAGGUGAAGUGGUUCGGAAACUGAAGUCAGAGAAGGCGAGCAAGGAGCAGUAGUGCUAGGGUUGCUUACCACUUUUCUCCUGUUCUUCCUGCCUGACCCUGAAUGACCUCCACCUGCCUCAAUCUUCAUCGCCUUCAUCUACCUCACUCGGCCUGCUUGGAUUCUACUAUACCACUCCUCUUCACCUCCUUGUUCAACAUCUACUGACACUGGGAUUGGCUGAUAAUGCUGACCUGGGACAAUGCUUAUGGAUCAUCCUGAACUUUAUGGAUUUUCCUUUUGAUUUUAACCUGUCGUCUGUGAUUGUGGAUAAACAUGCUGGCCAUGAUUUGUGUCCGGUCUUGUGCUGCGGUGAUGGGCUGUCGGGCUGCAACAUGUGUCCGAUCUGUACAUUCUUUUUCUGGGAUCACUGUUGCUCAGAUCGAUGAGGAGGUAGCCAAACUACUGGAGCUCAAGGCUCGGCUAGGAGGAGAUGAUGGCAAACACCAAUUUGUCCUCAAGACAGCAAAGGGAACGAGAGACUACAAUCCCAAACAGAUGGCCAUCAGAGAGAAAGUCUUCAACACCAUCAUCAGCUGCUUCAAACGCCACGGAGCAGAGACCAUUGACACACCUGUGUUUGAACUGAAGGAAACGUUGACAGGGAAGUACGGAGAGGAUUCAAAACUCAUCUACGACCUCAAAGACCAAGGAGGAGAGCUGCUGUCCCUCAGAUAUGACCUUACUGUCCCCUUUGCUCGCUAUCUGGCCAUGAACAAGAUCACCAACAUCAAGCGUUACCACAUUGCUAAGGUCUAUCGCCGCGACAACCCAGCCAUGACUCGUGGACGUUACAGAGAAUUUUACCAGUGUGAUUUUGACAUAGCAGGGCAGUAUGAUGCUAUGAUUCCUGAUGCUGAGUGCUUGAAGAUCGUCUAUGAAAUCCUCCAUGAGCUGGACUUAGGAGACUUCCGCAUCAAGGUCAAUGACAGACGCAUCCUUGAUGGGAUGUUUGCUGUCUGUGGUGUUCCAGACGACAAGUUCCGCACCAUCUGUUCAACAGUGGACAAACUGGACAAGAUGUCCUGGGAGGAUGUGAAGAAGGAGAUGGUGAAUGAGAAGGGCCUGUCGGAGCAGGCAGCUGACCAGAUUGGGGAGUAUGUCAGUAUGCAGGGUGGGAUGGACCUGGCAGAGCACCUCCUUCAGGAUCAGAAGAUGUCUCAGAGUAAGCAGGCAUGUGCAGGUCUGUCAGAUAUCAAGCUGCUCUUCAGUUACCUGCAGCUCUUCCAGGUCACAGACAAGGUGGUGUUUGACCUGAGUCUGGCCCGUGGUCUGGAUUAUUACACGGGAGUCAUUUAUGAGGCAGUGCUGACCCAGGCAGGUGUGGCCUCAGUCACCACCGAAGCCCAGAAUGGGGCCCCAGGGUCCACAGAGGAGAGCGUGAGCGUGGGCAGUGUGGCCGGUGGGGGGCGCUACGACGGCCUGGUGGGCAUGUUUGACCCCAAGGGCAGAAAGGUGCCCUGUGUGGGAGUGAGCAUUGGCAUCGAGCGAAUCUUCUCUAUCAUGGAGCAGAAGGCCGAGGUUUCAGCAGAGAAGGUCCGGACCACAGAGGUGCAGGUGAUGGUGGCGUCUGCUCAGAAGAACCUACUGGAGGAGAGACUCAAACUCACUGCAGAGCUGUGGAAUGCUGGCAUUAAGGCAGAGGUGAUGUACAAGAAGAAUCCCAAACUGCUGAGCCAGCUGCAGCACUGUGAGGAGUCUGGGAUCCCCCUGGUGGCCAUACUGGGAGAACAGGAGCUGAAGGAUGGAGUGGUCAAACUGCGUGUGGUGGCCACCAGAGAGGAGGCUGACAUUUCCAGAGCUGACCUUAUAGAUGAGAUUAGGAGGAGGACCUCUGACCCCUAAUGACUCUGCAUCAUGCAUCUAUACAACAGCAACAGAACAUGUGCUCUGCUCACACCUGUACAGAAUCCUGCACCUAUACGAGCAUGUUUGAUAUGGGUGCAGCCCUGAAAACAAACUCACACAUCCAUACUUGUACCGUCAUAGCUGCCACAGAGACCGGUGUUUAUGGAGGAUGUUGCACACAGUAUCAGAUGAGGGAGCCAAUAACAGUAGAUAUGUUGAAGAUUUGUUCUUAAAGGGAAUACCAUCAUUGGAGCUCAGACCUGAAUUCAGUGACAGAAUAUAUGAAAUGUUAGAUUUUUUGGAUUUUGUCUGGCAGACUUUGUGUCGAUGUAAAGGUGUGCACUAAGGCUUGCUGAGGAAAAAGUUCUAGGGAAACAAAAAAUUCUAUCAAACUGGAGGUUUAUGUAGUGAUUGUUUAGGAAAAAAGAAACAUUUUGUGCAUACUGCUUGUUUCAGCUAUUCAGGACCAAGCUGGAAAACUCAUGUUUACUUUCUGUUAUGACUCAUUAUUUGCUGCAGUUGAACUCCUUUCUGCUUGUAUCAUACCUGUUCUGUCUGGUGGCAAAAAUAAACAUAUUCCGGUUAUCA